CGAUCGACUCGAGCUGAAUGCUUCCCGUACGGACCCGCGGACCGAUUGCAGGAUAGGCAGCAGGCUGGAGACAAAAUCACAGCCACUUUUGGGGCACCUAUCUGCCCACAAGGAUCUGGCUUCAAUGACGUAGGCUCAAGUCCGACAGACAGCUACUGCAGAAAACGGAAAGACUUGGGCGGGCUGACGGUUGGACGCAGUGCCAGAAGCGGAAGCCGGAAACUUUUCGUGGCGACCGGAAUGACUGAAACGGCGGUGGUUGCGGCCGAGUGCCUUGCGGGUGGCAGAGCACGGGCGGCGCGCUCUGUGCUGGGCCAGGUGGUGCUCCCGGGUGAGGAGCUGCUGCUGCCCGAGCAAGAGGAUGCUGAAGGCCCGGGAAGUGCAGGGGAGCGACCGCUGAGUCUAAAUGCCGGCGUUCGCUCCCGGGUGCGCGUUGUAUGCGGUCCGGGCUUGCGGCGCUGUGGCGACCGCCUGCUGGUCACCAAGUGUGGUCGCCUCCGUCACAAGGAGCCCAGCGGCGGAGGCGGCGGCGGCGUUUACUGGGUAGACUCGCAACAGAAACGGUAUGUCCCAGUAAAAGGAGACCAUGUGAUUGGCAUAGUGACAGCUAAAUCUGGAGAUAUAUUCAAAGUCGAUGUUGGAGGGAGUGAGCCAGCUUCUUUGUCUUACUUGGCAUUUGAAGGUGCAACUAAAAGAAACAGACCAAAUGUGCAGGUUGGAGAUCUCAUUUAUGGACAAUUCGUGGUUGCUAAUAAAGAUAUGGAACCAGAGAUGGUUUGUAUUGACAGCUGUGGACGAGCCAAUGGAAUGGGUGUGAUUGGACAGGACGGCCUGCUUUUUAAAGUGACUUUGGGCUUAAUUAGAAAGCUGCUAGCUCCAAACUGUGAAAUCCUACAGGAAUUGGGAAAACUCUACCCACUGGAGAUAGUAUUUGGAAUGAAUGGAAGAAUAUGGGUGAAGGCAAAAACCAUUCAGCAGACCUUAAUUUUGGCAAACGUUUUAGAGGCUUGUGAACACAUGACAUCAGAUCAAAGAAAACAAAUCUUCUCCCGAUUGGCAGAAAGUUGAUCUAUAUGGACUUUUUUAGGGUCAGUUGAGCCAGAGACUGUGGAUUCCCUGGGGAAAAUUUUUUUUCAGGGGCAUCUCUCCCUAUUAAACCUUCAGAAGACAAGAUAUUGUCUUAUUAGAGUCUUAAAAAAAUAUUUUUGUAAGUCACUUGUUGCCACCCAUGUUCUUGUGGGUGAGAAAAAUCAUUAUAAAAUAAUG